AUGCUGCUGCUCCUGGUGGUGUGUGCCCUCCUCCUGCUCUUCUGCAGCCUGGACGUGUGGUACUUCCUGCGUGGGGUCCAGGUCUUUGUGGAAGCUUGUUUCCAGCCCGGCCUCAUAGACAUUUUAGCCGACCAAACCGUCGAUGGCAAGGUCACGAGUCACGAUCUGGACUACAUGGGUCACAUGAACAACUCCCGGUACCUGAGGGAGUGUGACUUUGCCAGAUUCCACCACUACAUGAUGAACGGCUUCUUCAUGGCGUCUCGUAAACUCGGGGCCAAGAUGGUGGUGGGAGCAUCCACUAUAAGGUACAGGCGCUCGUUGAAUUUCCGCGAGGCCUUCGAGAUCCGUACCAAAGUGCUGGGCUGGGACGACAAGGCGUUUUACUUGGAGCAGCGGUUCAUUUCCAAAAAGGACCGCUUUGUGUCGGCCGUGAUGCUCUGCAGGCAGAACGUGGUGCGCAGCAGUCCGGAGCAGAUUAUUGACUGUGUCUGCAAGAAGAAGAUCGAGUGCCCCGAGUUUCCUGAGGACCUGAAACACUGGAUCAGCUACAUCACCACCAGCAGCCAGGCUUUGCGCGCAGAGAACGAGCACAAGGGCCACGACACGGUGCUUAUAGAGGCGGAGAUACAAGACAAGCAGAAGCAGAUUGGGGAAAUUAGACACAACUCACAGCUGAGAAUCCAACAAAAGGAAAGAGAGGCCCAUGAACUAAGACAGGCCAUUUCAUCUCUAACUCGUUCUUCCCGCACCGCAGCAGAGGAGACAGACCUUGUUUUCACUGAGCUGAUCCGGUCCAUGGAGCUGAAGCGUUUUGAGGUGAGAGAGUUGAUCAAAGCGCAGGAGAAGACGGCGGUGAGUCAGGCCGAGCAGCUCCUGGACAAGAUUCAGAAAGAAAUCACAGAACUGAGGAAGACCGAGGCCGAGCUGGACAAACUGUCUCAAACCGAUGACCACAUCAGCUUUCUGCAGAGUUGUCAGACUGUGGCCCCGCCCCCUGUUCUCUCCGUGCUGCCUCCCAUUGCCACUGAUCCCAGCCUCACGUUUGGUCCAGUGAUGACCGCGGUGUCGGAUUUCAAGGGGCUUCUUCAGGAGGUGUGCCAGAGCGGGUUUGUCAGCAUCUACGAGAAAGUGAGAGAUGUAGUGAUCGUGGGUUCUGUGAACACAGAGCCACUGGAGACUCAGCCUAUUGUUAUGGAGGACACAGCAGCAGGAGCAGCAGGAGCAGCAGUACAAGCGAUGAAUCUUCCAUUCGGUUUAGACCAGCACCAAGUGAACUCCCUCAACCCCUUCCUCCCACCCCCGCAGGCUGUCUCCAAUUUUGUUUUCAGUACACAAGGUUCUGUCAAACUUUCCCUGGGAUCCCGACAGAGGCACCACCAGCGCCGCAGCCAUCCCAGGAGAAAAUAA